AUGGCUGAUUUCUAUGAACCAACGUUGUUAUUCAGACAAAACGCAAUUAAAAGAUUUAGUCCCAAUUUAUCGCCAAUAUCGAGUGUCGAAAGUCUCAUGUCAACUAUGAAGACGGAUCUGGUGGAAUGUUCAGCAUCUACUAUAAACUCUUUCAGGGCCAAGAACUCGUCACGGUCGUCUUGGUUACUCAACUUCAAUAAUCCAAAAGAUACCGAGAUUUUGAAUAAAUCUUGCUCAUUAGAUCAAACUAAUAUAAGGUCAAAUUACUGGAAAAUCCCCGAUGAUAAUAUGAAUUUAACCUCAAUGUGCAUAAGUAAGGAAGUCUUGACCCCUUCAAAUAAUCCAUUGCUUGCAAUAGCUUCAGGGAAUAUAGAAAAUAACUUGUUUAUUUACGAAUUGAAUACAAGAUCCAACCAUUUGAUACAUCACUCUACCAUUAGUUUGUCGAAUAUACAUAAUAUGAAGUGGAUCAAUAGAAAAUCUUGUGACAAGAACCACAUUAUAACUGGAAACAACAAAGGCUAUGCUCAUCUAGUCUCUAUCCCAAAAAUCAUUUACUCAGAGGAUUCAUGCAGCAGUAGCAGUAUCAGUAGCAGUAGCAGUAGCAGUGACGAUGAUCUAUAUUCUGCUGAAAUAUGCAAAAGAUUCAACCACAGAAAAUACAUCAAGGACAAGAAAUCAAUUAGUAUCAAUACCCCUAUUUCCAAACUAGAUGUCUUCAACAACCACUUGGAAAUGAUCUCCAUAUAUAACGAUUAUUUGUUUCAUUGGGAUGUCAAAAACUCCGAGUCUCAACAAAGACCAACUCCACUAUCAAUAACUACUAUACACGGUAUAAAGAAUUUUGAUCUUUUAGAUUAUAACAACACUACUCUAAGUAUAUGCGGCAAAUUUGGAGUAUCUUUAUUCGAUAUAAGGCUUGCCAAAUUCAAUAUACCUAUGGCUUUGUCAACAACAUCAAACUUUCGCCAAUUAUCAGCAAACGUUGUCAAAUGGAACCCUUCAAAUGACAAUAUAUUAGCAGCUGGUCAUGGCGACGGUGUUGUGAGAUUAUGGGACAUUAGGAAACAGGAUUAUUUCGCUACUUUAACUGGUAAUCACAGUUCUAUCACUACACCUCAGCUGCGUGUAACAAGCAUAGAAUGGAGCCAAGGAGAUUUGAUUACUGGCGGUCACGAUGGGAAUAUUUUAUAUUGGGAUUUGACCUCAGAUAUCGAUGAUAUUAGCAAUGCAGGUCAUUUGAAUUGUGGGCUAAGAGAAGGCUUGAGCAGUGUUCAGUUUAACAAUGAGACAAAUAACUUGGAAAUUGAUGUCAAUCAAAGGCAAUGUGGUACCGUAUUGCCUGCAUCAAAUACUAACAUUGUUAGUAUGUGCUCGGUAGCUGUAAAUAACGGGCCAACUGAAGAUGAAGAAGUCAAGAUUUUAUCCAUUGAUGGAUCUUCCUUCUUAGGGGUUCAUUCUAGAGUCAAAGAAGCAAUUGAAUUAGAUUUCAGCUGUGAUAAACAGUAUUACACUGAAGAUGAUCUAAAUAAGCUUUUGAAAGAUGUACUGUUGGUGGAAAUGAGUAAUUUGGAUUCGUCUAUUGAAAGUUUGGUCGAGUUUGAAAAUGAAAAGCCUUUGGUUAUAUCGAGGAGGCCCACAAUAACAACUGCAGCAGCAACAACUGAAGCAACAACAACUGCAGCAGCAACAACUGCAGCAGCAACAACUGCAGCAACAGCAACAGCAUCAACAAUAACGACAGCAGCGGCAACGACAGCAGCGGCAACGACAGCAGCGGCAACGACAGCAGCGGCAACGACAACAGCAACAACAACAACAGCAACAACAACGACAACAGCUGCAACAGCUGCAACAAUAACGACACCAGCUGCAACAGCUGCAACAACAACAACAUCAGCUGAAGCUGCAGCAGCUAACGAUUUAAUGAGUAAUAAUAUAACAGAAUAUAACACUAGCAAUAGUUUUGAAGCAAACUCGUCAUCAGCUUUAUUUCUAUCCACCACGAUGGCAACACCAAGGUUCAAUCAUGAUUCUAUUGAAAUAAUAUCAUUAGAUGAUUUUGAUUUUACUUUAAAUAAUAACAACACUUCCCAAUCAGAUGUAUCUACCAAUGGGUUACCACAAGAUUCGCCAAUGAAUGAAUCAAUGGAUUCGCUAUCAACUAUGGCAACAAUUAUUGAUGAGAAUAAUUUCUUACUAGAUAUGGGGAAAAUUAUAAAUAACGAGCAGAUUUUAUGA